AUGUCAGGACAUCAGAAUUGUGUCACCGUGUGGCCACACUGGGUCAUUGCAUCUUCUACGCUUCAAGAAGCAGAGGGUCCUUGGGGAAAUAAGCAAAGAGUUGUGGAGCUGGAACACCACACAGAGCUCACAUAUUCAGCCUUACUGUUGAUUGAUGAUGAAGUUGGAAACCAGAGAGCUGCCAUCGACUGUCCUUGGCAACCCCUUUCUCCCCCGGACCUUCCCAAGCCUUACCAGUGCCCGCAGUGCGGCAAGGACUUCAGCCACCGCUCCAACUUCAGCCGUCACAGGCGCAGCCACAGCGGCGAGGAGCCAUUCCCGUGUCCGCAAUGCAACCAGCCCCUGAGCUGGAGCUCGGACCUGACGCGUCACCUGCGCACGCACAGCGGCGAGCGCCCAUUCCCGUGCCCGCUGUGCACCCGAAGCUUCAGCCGCAGCUCGUCGCUGCUCACGCCCCGGCGCGUCCACACCGGGGAGAAGCCUUCCAAGUGCUGCGACUGCGGGAAGAGCUUCAGCCAGAGCUCGUGCCUCAUCAUCCAGCAGAGGGCGCACACAGGCGCGCGCCCCUGCCCCUGCGGUGACCGCGACCAGAGCUUCAGCAGCCGCUCCCACGUCGUCCUCGCGCACCGCAGGGUCCACACCGGCGAGGAGCCCUAUGGCUGUGAGGUGUGCGGCAAGAGCUUCAGGCAGAAGACAAACAUCAUCACGCACCGGAAGCUGCACGGGGUGGCCAGGCGGUCAGGGACGAAAGCCUGAGACUGCCAUCUGGGGCUGAGCAGGGGCGACCCAUUUCCUUACUUUCCAUGGUUCUCUGACAGUUUCAUGGGAAUCGGUGUUUUCUCUCCAACCAGACAGCAAGCAC